GUGGUAUCCGCGUAAAAGUCAAAGAUUGAGGAGAUUCUUAUCCUUUGGAGCUUAAACCGUCGACUCUAGGUGAAACUACUGAGAAGCUCAGUAAUAGUUUGAUUGCAGAUCAUGCUAAAUGGAAAAGUGGUAUGUCUAAGAGGGUUCAGGUGCCUCAGAUCAAAACAAAAAUGCAGUGCCCGGCAUCAGAUCACAAGAUUAAACCAUCAGGACGAAAGCCCCCAGCAUGACAGUUUGGGAGAGGCAGAGGACGCUGAACCGAAUUUCGAUCUGUACCCUUCACAUGUUCCGACAUCAUUUGCUCAAAAAGUGAUUUUGGGCCUUGGAUCAUCUGUUGUUGGAUUACUAGAUCCAACUAGAGCUGAUAUGGUUGCUGUUUCUGGAGAGACAACAGGAGCUCUAGUUCUGCCAUGUCUGCUAAGCAAAAUGCAGCAGCACCCAGAGGGCAGAGAAAUACUUCGGGAUCGACCGGUCAUCAACUCGGGCACGGUGGACCUGGCUGCACUCUCGCGUCUGCCGGACGACACCCUGGGCCGGGAGUAUAUCCGCUUCCUGGAGCAGCAGAAAGUGACACCGGACAGCCGCGACCCGGUGCGGUUCGUGGAUGAUGCCGACCAGGCGUACGUGAUGCAGCGGUACCGCGAGUCGCACGACCUGGUGCACACCCUGCUCGGCAUGCCGACCAACCUGCUCGGCGAGGUCACUGUGAAGUGGGUGGAAGGUCUGCAGACCGGUCUGCCCAUGUGCGUCGGAGGUGGCCUGCUGGCGCCCCUCAGACUCAAACCAAAACACCGUCAGCGGUUCCGUACCGAGUGUCUGCCCUGGGCUCUGCGGGCCGGCCGCGACGCGCGCUUCCUGCUCUCCGUGUACUGGGAGCGGCGCUGGGAGCAGCCGCUGGCCGAGCUGCGCCAGGAACUCGGUGUGCCGCCGCCUCCCGACCUCCUCCGGACGGCACAGAAGCAGCAGCCGGCGACAGAGGCGCCGCCGGAGGCCGCCGCGCCUGCCCACUGAGCCCCCGCCUCCGCAAUGGACAACGCCGCUCUGGAUAUAACCGAGGACGAGCUGCCUGCGAAGCCUACCAACGGCUCGCACCACCACGGCGAUGCCUCCAUUGAGCUGCGGCAGCGCGUGGCAGCGGACGGCCCGGCCGCCGCCGGCGGCGCCGGGCCCAAGGACGACGACUACGUGCCGCGGCCCGAGAUGCUGUAUGAGGUGGACGACACACCUCCCUGGUACUACUGCAUAGUGCUCGGGUUUCAGCAAUACCUGACGAUGUUCGGUAGCACCGUCUCCAUCCCUCUGAUCGUCACGCCCGCCAUGUGUAUGGAGGAGAGUGACCCGGCGCGCGGCUACGUCAUCGGCACCAUCCUCUUCGUCUCCGGGAUCGUCACACUGCUGCAGGUCACCUUCGGCGUCAGGUUAUCGAUCGUGCAGGGCGGCAACUUCUCCUUCCUGACGCCGACGUUCACGCUGCUCAGCCUGCCGGAGUGGAAGUGCCCCAACCCGGACGCCAUGGCGCUGCUCUCCGAUGACGAAAAGCAGGAGCUGUGGAUGUCGCGCAUGCGGGAGGUGCAGGGUGCCAUCGCCGUGUCGUCCCUGUUCCAGAUCAUACUCUCGUUUGGAGGCGUGGUGGGUCUUCUGCUGAACAUUAUCACCCCGCUGACGAUCGCUCCGACCAUCUCUAUGGUGGGCCUGGCGCUGUUUGGUGUGGCUAAAGACAAGGCGGCCACCCACUGGGGCAUCUCCAUACUAACGAUGGCCAUAGUGAUUCUGUGCAGCCAGUACCUGCGGGAUUUCAACAUUCUGAUCCCCCGCUGUCGGCGAGGCGCCGACGCGACCCAGUCGCGGUGGAUGCGGGUGCCCGUCUUCAAACUGUUCCCGAUCCUGUUUGGUAUCGGUGUGAGCUGGCUGCUGUGCGCCAUCCUUACGUACCACGACGUGCUGCCGGCCGACUCCCCGGCACGCACCGACCUCCGAAUCUCGGCUCUGCGCGAGGCGGCCUGGUUCCGACUGCCCUACCCGGGUCAGUGGGGUGUGCCCUCGGUACACAUCGGACCCGUGCUCGGCAUGCUGGCAGGCGUCAUCGCAUCAAUGAUUGAGUCCAUCGGAGACUACUACGCCUGCGCUAAAAUAUCUGGCGCGCCGCCACCGCCGGUACAUGCCAUUAACCGCGGUAUCGGUAUGGAGGGUCUGGGCUGCUGCCUGGCGGGCCUGUUUGGGACCGGUAACGGUACCACCAGCUACAGCGAGAACAUCGGCGCCAUCGGCAUCACAAAGGUGGCCAGUCGCCGAGUUCUUCAGUGGGGCGCCCUCAUCAUGAUGGUGUUUGGCACGAUCGGCAAGUUCGGCGCCCUGUUCAUCACCCUGCCGGACCCCAUCGUGGGUGGCAUGUUCAUCAUCAUGUUCUCUAUGAUCACUGCUGUUGGGCUUUCGUCACUGCAAUUCGUAAACCUGAACUCGUCUAGGAACCUGUUCGUCUUAGGAUUUUCCAUAUUUUUCGCAUUGGUACUGCCGACCUACAUGUCGGAGAACAAGGAUGUGAUCAAGACGGGUAGCGCUGCGUUCGAUCAGAUCCUGUACGUGCUGCUCUCUACCAGCAUGUUUGUGGCCGGCUUCCUGGGCUGUGUGCUGGACAACACAAUACCGGGCACUGACGAGGAGCGCGGCGUACUCAAGUGGAAGAGUCAGAGCAACAUGUCGCACGUGACCGUGUCCGUCACCACCUACGAUCUGCCGUUCGGCAUGGACAAAAUACGCAGCUGGAACUGGGCGCGGUACGUGCCCAUCAGUCCGACGUUCCGCGGCUUUCCCGUGGUGCUGAACUUCUCAAAGCCCUUCCGGCGGUGCCGAGGCUCGGAGGCCGGCGACGAGGACGAGCGUCCUUAGCAGUGGUGCGACCACCGACCCUACGACUGCAAGACUCCAUAAAACACCGUCCGACUGCUCCCUCCUUCCAACCAAGCUGCCUUUAGUUUCGAAUGUCCAUGAACGCAACAUCUGCUGGUGUAGAGCAGGUGCGGUGUCACAUUUUACAGAUAUGGCGUGCUCUGGUUAGUGGAAGGUGUCUUAUCGCAUGAUUGGUACCUAGCUGCUAUAGACUCUGCAUUUACUGCAUUCCAUUCCAAUAUCAUUCCAUAGAACGGCACGGUAUACUAUCUUCCGUGGUGACCUGGAAGGAUUCACGAGCUUGCCUCUGAAUCAUAGAAUCUCACCGUAACGGGAGCCUUUGAAUCGAAGAAUCUCACCGUAACGGGCCGGUAAAAGGCUAUGGACGAAGUAGAGUGAAGUAUGUAAUAUGUGAUGUGGUCGGGUGGUCUUAUGGUAGCGUGACCGGUAUGUCAGUUCAGGAAGUUUAGUUCAGAGACCCCGAUGCCCUCAGCGGAGCAGUCUGGUCGUCUGUUUUAUCGAUCACGAUGUCUAUCACUUUAUAAGAUUAUAUGCAUACCAAUUGAUAUUUUUAACAAAUGAGGCGAGGCUGCUGUGCAUAACAUCAGGUUUGGCAUGGUGGUGUUUUGGUUUUAUUUUUGCACGUCAUGUGAACCAAUUGCCAUGCACCUGUGCUCUAUUUUUGUCGAUGACUGCAGUGCUCACGAACAUUGACAGCGACAUUCCAUGUAACAUUCCGAAAUGGUCAGUGUUUGUAUGUCGCAUUGAAAGGGUACGGUCGUUACGUGCGAGCAUAUUGUGGACAUGGGACCAACGCCCGUUAGAGAUGUACGGGCUAUUAUGUACCAAUGUGAAAGUGAUGCAAAUACAUGUCACAAGAAGUUUAAA